AUGCAUGUGAUUUCUAUACUUUUCUUGCCUUUUCUACUCAAUUUUGCGAUCUGCUAUGAGAAAUAUGCGAGAUCGCUGGAGAUGGCAAAGCCGAAUAAAGAUGGCGUUUACGAGUUCACAUUGAUUGUGUCGAGAACGUUGACGAUGAGCUAUUCAGAGCCACCAUUUGGACAUCGAACACUCAUUGAUUACGAUGUGGAAAAGGAAACCUGGUACUCCCGUGAUCCGGAUCAGUUGACUCCUUGUAACAAGCGGGAUUUGCUUGAUGUCAAAAAUGAAACCAUUCAGAGUCUCUUCAAAGAGGUGAUGACACUGGAUGGAUUGCAUUUCAGAGUAUUGGCUGUGAAUGGAUCAACCCCUGGCCCACUACUCGUUGUCCCGUAUGGAGCCGAGGUAUUGAUCCGAGUCCACAACGAUCUCAUGCUUGACUCGUUCAGCAUUCAUUUUCAUGGAAUCGAUAAACAGGGUCUAUGGUACGAAGAUGGUGUCUCUUUCAUUCAACAAUGCCCAAUAACCACCAUGUCCACAUACGAUUAUCGUUUCUUUGCUGAUAGAUGGGGAACACAUUGGUAUCAUGGACAUCUACAAUCGGAUAGAGGAGACGGUCUUGUCGGUGGAUUCGUGGUUUUGAAAGAAGAUCAAAGUGUUCCGAUGGAUGAUGGAUCGAGGGAAAUCCCAUCAAGGCAAUAUUUCAUUCUGCUACAGGAUUGGUCAAACGAGGAUGCUGGUGAUACGUGGUUGGCGUUGAAAGAGAAAACGAUGAAAUGGAUGUAUGGAAUGGAUCAAAUGGAGAAAUGCUGGCUACCGACGAGAGUCGAGGAUGGGGGCAAUGUCGGUGGAGCGAUCCCAAUUUCGGCAAUUCUUUUCAACGAUAAGGGUUGGCACAAUCAGACCCACAUCCGGAAGAAUCCCGAAAAAUUGCCUUUAGAGACGUAUCGGAUAAAAUCUAAUGAAAAUAUUCUUCUGCGAAUCGUGAACGGUGGAUUGGCACAAGAGUUGAUGAUUAGCAUCGAGGAUCACAACUUGACAAUCGUUGCAGCUGACGGGAAUGAGGUGGUGCCGAUUACGGUGGAUAAAUUGAUCAUUUUCCCUGGCGAGAGAUACGAUAUUUUGGUGAAAGGAUUGAGGAAUCCGAGCCGAAAGAACUACUAUGUGAUCGCGGAAACGGUGCAGUACUAUUUCUUCGAUUGGUCUCGUGUUGAAACAAUGUUCGGAUUGGCGAAUCUUGAAUAUGAAAAUGUUGAUGAAAGAAUAACGAAAAAACCCAAACUCGAUCACCCGACUUGCACAAAAGAAUCCCCAUGCUCUGUUUUCAAUUGCCCAUUUGAGCAAUAUCCACCCGGCUUUCCUUUCAAGUGCAUCGCUGUGGACACUCUUGAAUCCCCAUUGGAACUCGAGGACUCCGAAGUGUUGAAGAGUGAGAAAUUCGAGUCCGGUUUCGAGGAGCAUUUCAUCAAUAUGCAUUAUGAUAGUCACGUGAAUGGUUUCAAAUUCUUGAUACCCAAUGGAAUGCCCUAUUAUUAUCGAGAGAAUUUGGAUGAGGUGGCGAUAAAUUGCGAAAAGACGGAUUGCCCGAAAAAUCACACAAAAUACGAUCAACGAUGCUUCUGUUUCUACCAUUUAAAGCACAAAUUGAACAACAUUGUACAACUAACGAUCUACAAUAUGGGAAUGGGCGGUGGAAUGGCCACCGGCUAUGCGCAUCCAUUUCACAUCCACUCGACGCACACCUAUUUGGUCAAGAUGGGCUGGCCAUCGUACAAUGGGUCGGGGAUGAUCACGACGAUGAAUCAAGAUUUACCGUGCCCGAGCAGUGAGUCAGAUUGCAAUGAUCUAAAAUGGGCGGAUAACGGUUGGCUGGGUGGAGCGUUGCCCGGGAUGAGAAAACGAGCGUCGAUUCGAGAUACGGUAUUGGUGCCCGUUGGUGGAUAUGCGACUAUAAGAUUCCGGGCUACAAAUCCCGGGUGGUGGAUCGCGCAUUGUCACCUCGAGUUGCACAUGAUGGGCGGAGCUGCUUAUGCUUUCAAAAUCGGAGAUGAUGACGAGAUCCCGAAGCCACCCACCGAUUUCCCACACACUUGCGGAAUUUAUCAAAGAAAUGAGAUCUCGCAAGAAGCCCGGCAAUUGAUGAAUGAUCGAUUGGAAAAGGAAAAAGAGAAAACGAAGAAGAAAACAACGAUCCCUCCAAAAAGCGCGACUGAAACCGAUAUGACAGGAAACGAUUUUGCU